UCAGAACCUAUCCUAUCGUAGUAACCGUAGAAACGAAGCAACCAGAGUGUUAUCGCGUUUCUAGCGAGUAGCUAAAAUGUAUGCAGCUCGGACGGAAUAGAGAACAGUAGUGAAGCAAUAACUCGAUUCAAUUUAAUCUUGGUGAAGACACAGAAUACUUCUGCCAAUUUUAAUCCAAUUUACGAUAUUCUGAGUGCCGAGCGUGAAUGAUAUUUGCUGUGUCCCGUUAUAUUCUCAGAUCCAGGGUCGGUUUUGAGUAAGAAUGUAAACAAAUUUGGAAUUUUGGCCAGUCAUAUGGUGGAAAUAAAGCUGGAAGUUCAAUGUGUGUUUUCUCAAAAUCUCGAGAGCAAAUAAACUGGAUUGCUUCUGUUCAGUGAUUGGAAAUCCCUCCGAAGUGAAACUUAGUCGGAAGAAUACAUUGUGUGCAACCAACUGUAUGUAAUAAAAGCCAGCAAGAAGGGGGCUAAGGUGUUGAAUUAUUCGCCCAUUGCAGUAGAAUCUUGUUGAAGCGUAUCGGUGGUUUCAAGAAGGAAAAAUGAGUGCCGAUUUGGAAGUACGUCGACGAAAAAUCGGCGACGAAGAGCUCCUACUUGAUCCCCAACAGAAACCGAAGGAUGGCAACAAACAGCCCGCACAGGAAUCUACUACGGCAGAAAGUUCGGAUCAUGUCGACUCGGAGGAGGAAAAACUGCCAGACGAAAAGUAUGUAGAAGAGAUGGCCAAAACGAUACCCCAGGGAACGGAUAAAACUCCACCGGUGCUGGGAGCCCUACUCAGUGGAUUACCAGAUAGAUGGAAGAACUGGGUAAUACGAGGCAUUUUUACUAUGCUAAUGAUCUCCGGGUUCGGCCUCAUCAUCUAUGGUGGACCGUUGGCGUUGAUGGUUACGGCUCUAGUGGUGCAAGUAAAAUGUUUCGAGGAAAUCAUCUCCAUCGGCUACUCCGUCUACCGGAUUCACGGUUUGCCCUGGUUCCGCAGUUUAUCCUGGUACUUCCUGCUCACAUCCAACUACUUCUUCUACGGUGAAAAUCUCGUCGAUUAUUUCGGUGUUGCCGUCAACAGAAUUGACUCACUUCGCUUUCUAGUCAAGUACCAUCGCUUCUUCUCAUUCUGUUUGUACUGCAUUGGAUUCGUAUGGUUUGUGCUGUCGCUGGUCAAGCGGUACUACAUGAAGCAGUUCAGUCUGUUUGCCUGGACACAUGUCGUGUUGCUGAUUGUCGUAACUCAAAGCUAUUUGGUCAUCCAAAAUAUAUUCGAGGGUUUGAUUUGGUUCAUUGUUCCCGUGUCGAUGAUAGUUUGCAACGAUGUGAUGGCCUACAUGUUUGGGUUCUUCUUCGGCCGGACACCGCUGAUUAAGCUGAGUCCGAAGAAAACCUGGGAGGGAUUCAUUGGAGGAGGGCUUGCUACGGUGCUUUUUGGACUGGUGUUCUCCUGUUUCCUCUGCCAGUUUCAGUAUUUCGUUUGUCCGAUUGAAUAUUCCGUUAGCAAGGGAGGAAUGCAGAUCGAAUGUGAACCGAGCUACUUGUUUAGACCGCAGGAGUAUAGUGUUCCCAUGGUAAGUCGCACAACAAAUUACUGUUACAGAAUGAUUAAAUGUGUUCUUCUUGUCUGUUUGCAGUUUGGAUCAACGUAUUCGUUUACCAUGUAUCCCUUCAUGCUUCAUUCUCUAUCGUUGAGCAUCUUCAGCUCGGUGAUCGGACCAUUCGGAGGAUUCUUUGCAUCCGGAUUCAAACGCGCAUUCAAAAUUAAAGAUUUUGGAGAUGUGAUUCCCGGACAUGGUGGCAUAAUGGACCGAUUCGAUUGCCAAUUUUUAAUGGCCACUUUUGUGCAUGCAUAUAUUUCCAGCUUUAUUCGUACAGCUUCGCCGCAAAAGCUGCUGAACAUGAUUUACAGUCUGAAACCCGAGCAGCAACUGCAGCUAUACAACCAGUUGCAAGGCAGUCUUCAGGAGCGAAAUAUCAUCAAUUAGAAGAACUAGGCUAGUUUCACGUUGGCUUUUUAAUGGUGUUUCAAAGCAUACCAACAAUCACAACUGAAUCUAGCACGUACUGAUUUUGCGGAUAACGAUUUCUUAGGGUUCAUUUUUCUAUUGUGGUUCUAAAUUUAUUAUUUACGGCGGAGUAUUAGGUUAAUGCAGGUGGAUAGCAUGUUCCCUGGCGGGGAAAAAGAUGGUUAGGGUUUAUUAUUUUUAACAAAUUUUACAAUUUGUAUACAUCCUUAAACGAGAUAAUUUAUUGUUUAAUAUUUGUAAAAUAUUUAAAUAUAAACAUUGACGUAAAAUUUAAAAUAAGAAGCAUAAAAUCUUAUAUUCAUCUGUUAAGAUUGGAUUUUAUGCCAAUCUAUGUCUUCUACAUUUGUAAAUUACACUAUGAAGGUAAAAUAUGCCAGGAGUUGACCUAUCGUUUUAAGCAUAACCGUCUGAUGUUCUUUAGAGUUUUCUAUCGCACAUGUGAUGGUUAUGUUCGAUGCGGCAACAUAUUAUAAGUUCAGAAUGAAUAUCAUGAUUACAGUUGUUUAUAUUUAAAAACCGUGCAUGUACACAACGGUUAGCGAAUAUGAUGAAGCUUCAACAUUCCGAAGUUGCUGAGUAAACGCUUCUGUAGUAUCCUAUGAGGAAAACGUCAUUUGAUGAAGCGGCCCAAUUGCUCCAUUAUGUUCCGAUUUCACAAACGAUUGGGAGGAUAUUUCGUACAGCAAAUGCUAUGCUUUACUGUGUAAUCUGUGCAAUUAGAUGAAUUUUUUAGGCUUAUUGUAUUUUUUUCUACUUAGAUUUUAAAAGCUUUCACUACUAUUACGGUGAAUUGCGUUAAUUUUCAAGUGUUAAUUUUCAAUUUCGACUAUAGGAAAAUCAUCAACUAGUGGUGGUUUGACCAGGUGUAUAAGCUUUAUUUUUACAUUCUAGAAGGUUUUAGGUUAGUGUUAGUUUAUUAUAGAUCUUUAGGAUCUGUAGAAGAUGUUUUGUGUUUGUUUGUAGUGCUUAACGAUUAGGUUCUCGCAUUGAGAGCAAUUACAAAAUACAUGAAAUAUAUUUAUUAUACAAAAGCAUCGAAAGGAAUAUAUUGCGAUUAUACCACAUCUCGUUGUCCACAUUAAUAAAGGCUAUUUAAAAUUGGAUAAUGAUGCUGCAUCACUAGUGUAUGCGAAAGAUCAUAUAACAUUAAAUAAAUAAACUGUUUAAAAAGUCUACUUGAACUUAAGAUCAGAUAUGAGGAUACAAAAAAUCAGUGUUAUUUAUAUCGUUCUAAUCCAUCAUGGAAAACCUGAUAAUCGAAACAAUUACAAACCCAUGCCGACGAAAUCUGAAAUAUUUAGCAAACCAUUUAGACAAGAUUUUUAUCUAGAGAAGGGUCCCAGAAUGUAGCAAUCCCAUUGAUGUCGACGUGUUGCAAUAAAAGGAUCACAGUU